GAAUUCAGGCUUUAGAAUUCAGAUCAAAAGUUCAAAACCCUCAAAAAUCACAGGAACAAAAUCGUUGAAAUUCUCCCGAUUCAAUCGCUAAUCUUCAUCAAAAUCCCUCAAAUAUGGUUUGUCUAGUUUGCCUCUUACCACUCUUUCUCAUCCCGGUCGUCAACAUAUUGCCUCUUCUCUUCGAUUACAUCAUGGGAAAAAUCUAUGGACUUUUUGGAUGGGAAUAUCGGAAACCGGAAAGGGUUCCUCCGGCGUGUCCUUAUAGACCAGCAGCUGCCAAAAAGGAUGUCACUAGUAAAGAGGGAGCGGAACCUGAACCUGGUUCACAAGAGUCUGUGUCAAAGCUGGCAGGAGAGGUAGAUACCAAGCAGGACUGAUACUGAAAUUCGAUUGCCUUGUUUGUCAUUGUUACUAACCAUAAAUGAAACCGUGCUUCUCUAAAUAAACUUCUUCAUUUGUUGGAUUCAGGAAGAAGAUUAGUAAGAUAUAAAGUUCACGUUAUCUAUGUGUGUACUGAAAGACAUAAGUUUUUGGUUUGGACUUGCAACGAUCGUUUUACUCUCCCAUCUGUUUCUGUUAUUGCAUCAUGUAUCUCGGCUCAUUAACAAACAGUAGUCUUUGUU